UAUUUAUAAUUAUUUAACUAAUAAAUUUGAUUUCAAGUUGUGUGUAUUUUUUCUGCACUGGCCAUUUACGAUACGUAACCUACUUUAAACGUUACCCGGCAAAUAUAUUGCAACUUUAUUAUAACUGUUGAAUGAAUGAUUACGAUAACACUCGACAUUGUCUUGCGUAACAGCAGAACGAUUUUGCGUCAAGGUAUCUCAAGUGUAAACUUAUCAAUACCAUCAACAACAUCAACUCAUCUCAAGAAAAUGGGAUUGACUAUCAGUUCCGAUCGCCGUAGUGGUCCUGCUCAGGAGACGGACAGGAACGACGAGCGAUUGCAGUUGAUUACCUUCUGUUUAGUCUGCGGAUGGCCACGGUUCCUGGUCUGGUUAACAGAGGAUCAAGCCCGUCGGGGUUUCGUGCAUCACGGUUGCUGCACAGGACCGGAAGAACCGCGAGACGGCCCUCUGGUUCGCGAUGGCGUCGGUGGUCGAACGGCUAUCAGUCCCGUAUCCUUAACGGAAUGCGGUUCGCAAACGGACCCCGUCACCACUGCCGGCACACGAGUGGCCAAACGCGACUUCGCGUGCGGCGACUCCUGCGCAACGUUCGUUGACACGUGCACGCAGACUUACCCGUCCGACGUCAUCGAAGUAGUUAGCGAGCAGGCGCAUUCUGCGCUGAUGUGCGACUCGGUGACGAGUGUCCGCGUGACGGCAGAACAAGUCAGUAAGUUCGGUGACGAUGAAGACGAAAUCGUCCCCUACGUACUACCGAAAAUGGAAGAAAAUCGCGCCAAAGAAUUGAACGUCACCUAUAAAUUGUGGGAAAAUCGGUUUGCACGAUUUUCGAAAUUCAACGACGGCAUCAUGGCAGGCCCAGCGACCCUUUACUCUGGGCCUCCAGAAGUUUUGGCAAAACUAAUGGCUUCCCGGUGUAAAUCGCUGGGUACUGUGAUAGACCCGUUUUGCGGUUCCGGUGCGAUCGCGAUCCAACUGGCCAUGGUCUGCCGCAAAGUCAUUGCGAUGGACAGUGACCCGAUCAAAAUCGCGUUCGCCCGGAACAAUGCUCGUGUGUACGGGGUCGAAGACCGAAUCGUCUUCCUGGUGAGUGACUUCUCUGUCGAUGCCCGCUCGCUGCAGAGGGCAGACGGCAUCGUCACGUCACCACCAGUGAACAUGACUAAAGAGGAAAUGGUAAAGUAUGACCAAAUUGGCUAGUAGGGUGGCGCCGAAAGUCUUAAUGAGGGUAACGAAGGACCAUGAAUUGUCAGAUGUAAGUCCACAGAUCGUGUUAUGAGAGCAUCAAUACCCAUAAAAUGUUUAUUUUUUUUUUUUUCUUCAUAGCUGUACCAAUCAGAGAAUAAAAUAUUUAAUAAAAUUAAUACAGAACAAAUAUGUAUUGACAGGGAGCCAAAUUCAAUUUUGACUUUCCUAGGUCCCGGAGUACGUAUUUUUUUAUAUCAUUAAACAUUUACAAUAAUUAGGCAUAACUAUAAUCAUCGGUCCUUUAUCCAAUUCACACUUGCACACUUGCAAGUUAAUUUUGUAUGUUAAUAAUCUGUUUUAGAUGAAUACGAAUAACAAUUAUAACAAAAACGUAAAUAGAAUACAAAAGAAAGUGCUUUUGUUUUCUGAUGGCAAGUUGUAAAAAGUGUACGAUGUAUAUAGAUAAAAUAGUGUUUUUUGGAAGAUCUUGAUAUCAAUGAUAACAUUAUUUUUAAUUUCCAUAGGGGUAUCUGUUAAUCGUCGUGUGCAUUGGAUAAGAGGUAAUAAUCUUUUUGCAUACGACGAUUAUCUCAAAAACGUUGAAGAAUUCCUGAAGUGCCAAAAUCUCAACUGAGAGACGAUUCCUCAACACAACCGUAAGAAUAUAAUACAAUUGAUAUCUGAUAGUAAAUACUAUUUAUAGAUUAUA